CCUCCGCGCAUGGGUCCCAAUUCUAAGCAUGCUUACUGAUCUCUUCCUCGAAAGGUAUCAUCAGAGAAGAUUAAAGAACCACGAAAAGCUUUUCUUUUAAGGCUCUAAUGGUGCGGAACAACUUUACAUACAUGACCAAAACAUGUUGGUGAAAGAUCAUAGCACUUGAUGAUGAGAAAGUUGACAUAAUCCAACGUUGUUCUAUACUUCAGAGCAAGUCUUGAUUGUCAUCCAACAUGAUCAUCUGGAACUGGAACUGCAUCUGAUUUCGCCUUCAAAGCGCCGCUCCGGCACCGGCACCGACCUCGCACCGGAGCUCUAUACCAAGCCCUCCUUCCUGCUAAUCUCUCAAGCAUUGACGUUUCAAUUGUUCGGCUCAGAAGCCGGAGGUUGUGGAACAUGGGUGCCAACUUCAGCUUCUUCCACAUUCCAUCAAGAACCAUGCCUUUGCCACACGUAAAGAGGCUUGCCAUCGUCUAUCAGAACUUGGGCAACUUGUCUUCCCACUUCUAUGGCCUGAAGGGUUACUCACUCAUCACUCCGGCCGUUGGAUUCACGGUUUUCGAUGCAUCAAAUGUUAGUUCUAAAAGCAUCAGAAAGCUAAGUCUCAGUACAAUGGGGAAGCCCAUAUCGAUUCAUUUCCCCACUUUUGUCCUCCCUAAUGGAAUGAUCUCUAAGACGAGGUGCGUCGCAUUUAGUGGAAAUGGGAGUUUUUACCUUAGUGAGAUGAGCUUGCCCGGUGUAUGUUACUCAGGAGAUCAAGGUCAUUUUGCCAUUGUUGUUCCGAAGGAGAGUAAGCAGAGGUUGUGGUAUCUUUGGGUUGUUGGGUCUGUGCUUGGGAUUUCUGGGAUGGUAGUGAUGGUUUAUGUUGGGAUGGCGUCUGCGAGGACUUUGAAGACAAAGAAGAUUCAAGUGGAGAGACAAGCACAAGCUGAUGAAGAUUCGAUUCUUGAAAGUAGAUGGGUGAGUGGUAGUAAGCUGCCUUCUGCAGCUGUGACGAGAACUCUGCCUGUCCUUGAGAAUGGAGGUGUUUGAUAUUCCUUUCAGAUUUCUUUUCCUUCUUUGAUAAGAAUGUUUUUUUUUUUAAUUUUUUUUUUUACUUUGUUCCUCCAUGAUCUGUACUUAUUUUCCCCCCAUUAAAGUCUACACUUUUUAGGAUCACAUCCCAUCUCAGUUUGGAUUUUAAAUGUGAAUUUCGAUGCGCAAUUUGAGACAGUAGUCAAAUUCGAACUGUUGGCAGA